GAGCUGCGCGCGUCCCUUCAGUUCUCCCCUCCCCCGCACACACGCCUCUCUCUCUCUCUCUCUCUCGAGAAGCUCUUCUUCUCCUUCGAUUCGGAGCGUCGAGGGGAAGCAUCGCGAUCGCCGUUGCGAAUGGGGCGGAGGAAGGUGGAGAUUCGGAGAAUCGCCGACAAGAGCAGCCGGCAGGUGACUUUCUCGAAGCGCCGGGGCGGAUUGAUGAAGAAGGCGCGCGAGCUCUCGGUGCUCUGCGACGUCGACGUCGCCCUCGUCGUCUUCUCCAGCCGCGGCAAGCUCUACGAAUUCUGCAGUCGCAACAGCUUUACCAACAUCCUCGAGCGAUAUCACAACUAUUUUGGAGAAGCAGAGACCUCCAAAGAUGCCAAAACGGUUGAGGGAAAUGGAUUUGAAGAUGCGGUUUACUGGUCAUAUCCCGAGAUUCUUCAGAUAGUUCAAAGAUACUUAAGAGGACCAGAUAUCGAGAAGAUGAGUGUGACCGACUUAGCACAACUAGAGAAGCAACUAGAUUCUGCACUGAGACAAACUAGAUCUAGAAAGACAAAGCUAAUGUUGGAGUCCAAAACUACCUUGCAGGAACAGGAAAAGAAGAUGAGAGAGGAACGCGAGCUUCUGGAGAAGGAGAUUGCUUCCCUUGUGAGCAAUGAUGAUAAUGUCAAUGAGGUUGCUCUGGGGAUCACUGACAUAAACACUGCAUUUCGUCAUCCUCGACAGGCUACUCUCCACUUACUCCGGUAGUGGUGGAAAAUGGUUGUGCACUCACUAAUAGAAUCUAGCUUGACCUGCUGUCAUCCACUUGUGGUCGAAUGUGUAGAACAGUUAUCAUGCAAGAUUAAACCAUGUCAUCUUUAUGGACCUUGUGACCUAGUCGACACACUCUUUGAGUUAUAAUCUAUGGUAGGCAUAACGACACAGUAAUGUGGACUACU